AUGUCAACCGAGAAUUUUAAGAAAGCGGUAAAAGAAUAUGGAACUAAUGAACUUGGUCUUGGAACAAGUGCGCAAAACAUAAAAAGAAAAGAAGUGGCAAAUAUUCAAUAUAAGGUUCGCGGACCUAUGGAAACUCACCUCAUUGGUAAUAGUAAUAUUGAAUUAGAUAUCUCGGAAGCAACAUUAUAUUUAAGGAAUCAAGGAUAUAAAUUUAGUAUAACGCAAAUUACGUUACCGAAUUCUCGAAAUACCACAACGUCAAACGAUACCGGCACAGAAAUUAAAAAACCAAUACAAAACAUAGCCUAUACUCCUCCAAACACAUUAUUGCAA